CAAACAGUCGUCUAUGCACCGUCAUUGAAACCGUGUGAAUUCGAAUUAUCAAUCCAGCUUUGCAAUCCAGUCGAUUCGAUAAGCUCGAGAACUACGCAAUCGCACGGUGUUUCGAAAAUCAGUCGAUGUGUGAUAUGAAGAUGAUAAUAAUCAAAAUAUAUAUAUAACAGAUAGAAAUUUGAUAACUAUUUUUUAAAGCUAAAUGUUUUAUUAAAUCGAUAUUAUAUUUUGUUAAAAGUUAUAUAUUGAUAUGUCUCCUCGCGAUUUUAUCUUGCUAAUCUCGAUCGUUGGCUUCUCAACGUCAUCGUCGAUAAUUCGCCCGCAAAGAUUGUUGAUCGUACAUCUCUUACCGGAACCAAUGAGAGGCCUAGAGAAUAUACCAGACAGAUGGAAAAGGGUGCAUCCGGAACCGAAAGCACCGCAAGCGGAGAUCCAUUUGAUGAAAGGUUACGUCUCACCGGACGAGAGAUGGGCAUUUAGCAACGAGUACAAAUACUCGAGUAAAGAUUACGAUACCACGGCGAAAGUGACAUCGACGACAGAUGAAAAGAAAGUUUUGCCAGUUGAGAUUGAUGAUAUGGAUACGACAGAAAAGGAGAGAGAAAACAGUGAUAGUGUUCAGGAUACCGUGACGCCUGACGAGUUUAUUCCACAAAUUGGAUUCAGGAAUAUUAUAACAGCGCCUACAUACUGUCCGAAAGGACAAAGAAUGGAUAGCAGAGGACGUUGUAGAGUAAUCAUAAUGUAAAAAAGAAAGAGAAAGAGAAGAUAAAAAGAGGAACACUUAAAUAAUUGGAUUAUUUCAGUCAUCGAGAUCGAUUAUUUCAGGAGAACACUUAAGUAAUUGAAUUAUUUCAAUCAUCAAGAUUGAUUUUAGUGAGCUUUUCAGAUUCAUAAUGAGAGAGCGAAAAUCAUUAAUAAAAUGCUAUAGAUUAUAGAUUGUGUGUAUGUGCACAUUAUUUAUACGUAUAUUCUACGUUCAAAUAUGUAAUUGAUAAAAGGUACGUACAGUAAUAAUCAUAUAAUUGUAGAAGUUUUCUAAAUUUACUGAAAGUAUAUUCUAAAAUAUCACACAUUUUAAAAUUUAACGAUGCGUGUUCACCUUCCAAUCCGUGAUAUGAAUUCCAUAUAUUUUUAGUGAAAACAAUAUAAAUAUGCAAUAUAGAAGCUCUACUAUCGCUAUUGUUUUGAAAUUUAUAUAUUACAUGUAUUUUCUUUUUUGAGAUGUGGAGAAACACUAAAUUGUGAUAUGUGUAGAAAUAUUUUCAUAAUAAUGAAAGAAAAGAAGAAAUUACUUGUUUUUAAAAACAAUAUUAGAGAAAAUACAAAUUUGUUACCGUUUAGUAUUAAACAGAUUUAAUGACGAAUAUGGUAUAAGUUAGACAAAAAUGAUUAAUAAUUUAUUAAACUAAUUAAGAAUUCGAUAUAUGAAUGACAUAUUUAACUUAUACAAUAAAACGGAUUGGAAAUGUAAAUCAUGAUUGACUAAUUAAGUUAAAUUAAUAUUGGAUACACGCUGUUAUAUUUUAUUGUCAUAAUAUUGUCAAAUAAAAUUGUCAAAUAGAAUCCUAAUUAAAUGCGUUAUAUGUAUAACGCGUGGCACACAUUAUAUAACAAGCGCUUUAAAUAAAGAAAGUAUGACGCUCAGAUUUUAUCAUAAU